UACUUUUGAUAUCAUUUUUAUAGUUCCAAGAAGGAAAAAACAAGUAACUAACAUGAGUUACUAGAAUAUUAUCAAAAGGUGUUAUAUCAAUUUCCUCUGUAUGAUAUCAUCGGUGACGUUCUCCACUCACUCAAAAUGUAUCGCUUCAGUCAAUCGUUAUCUGCCGAUGUAGAACUACGUACUUUCAUCAGGAACUGACAUUAGGACGAGGCGACAAUGAUGGGUGUUGUCAUAAACGUUGAAUAUUUGAGAAGUUGGAAUGGCAUUUUUAAGAUCAUACAAUUGGUGUUGGGUACGAUUUACGUUGGAAUCAUCGGUCACGAGUUCAAUAACGGCUAUAUUAUCUACCCUGCAGAAGUUUACUUUCUUGUCGCAACAUGUACUUUCUACAUUGGCACUUUUAUUCUCUUUAUCGGUUAUCUAAUGUCUCCUUCUGCUGCAUCUAUUAUACCUAAAACAAUUUAUGAAUUUCUAUAUCAUUCCGUUGCGUCCAUUUUAUUACUUGCGGCUUCAAUAGCAUUGAUGGUGCAGAUACAUAAGCAAGGCAUUAUACUUUUAAACUAUAAUGCGUUAUUAGCAGCUUCCAUUUGCAGUCUGCUAAACACCAUUUUAUACAUCUGCAACGCGGUCAUCGGCUUUGGCACUUAUGGAGAUGAUUGAAGAAUUAAAUUAAACGUUUGUAAUUUUCUAAACAACAAAAAUGGAUUAUUCCUAUAUAAAUUGUCCUUACACAAGCCAGACUUACAUAUUUUAGAAACUUUAUUUAAUUAAAUCAUUAUGAAAACGUUGUACAAAAAAUUUUGAUUGUCUGACUAUGUUUCUUACUUAGCGGGUAUCGAAAAAGUAUCGAAGAAUGUUUUUGUUAUAUCUUUCAUGGAUCAUUGAUAACAUUCAAAAACAUUCGCUAUGAUUGCAACUAGUAUUUUUGCAAAAUAUAGAUAUAUUUUAUAUAAACAUAUUUAUUUUAUAUGUGUAUGUAAUAUUUAUACCUAUUAAGUAAAUAAUCGAGAAAAACUAUAAAUUGCACGAUUUCUAUUAGAAUUCGCACAAAAAUGCGUGAUCAGAUUGUCCCAUAGACGGAUUAUUUUUAUAAGACAGAGUUAUUAUAGUUUUCUUUCUUUUCAAUUCUUGCUCAAUUAGCGCAAUAAUUCACGAGAUUUUGAAGUUAAUUACUUUGUAUAUCACACAAUUUUGUUUCUUCGAUUCUUUUUGUAUUCAUAUUAUUGUUAAAACACAUCUUAGACAAUUUAUCUAUAAUUCCUACCACAUUGUAAAAUCCUGGUUAUAAUUUUGAACAG